CAUCUUCGUUCAAGUUUGGCAGCGGUUCACCGGUGGGGUUGCCAUCAAGUAAGCCCAUUUGGGUCUCUGCUUCCGUUUAACGACCCACUUGUGAAAUGCCUGCCGCGAGAGGCUUGUUGCAACGUUCAAAAUUUUCAAACUCUGGCGGGACCAUUGCUUCCAAACUCAAUUGACCAGACUUCUCCAGCCGUCAGCCGUUGAAGCUUGGUAUGCAGGCGCCCAGACGGACAUCGAGCACACCAUUCUAGCACCACCGGUAGUCAAUCGCUGGGAACUUGUCGUACUGCGUUGAUUAUAUAUGCAUUUCAAUUACCACAAUGGAAACAGUGAUCGAAUGUAUCAUCCAAAAGUGAAUGUGGCCAGGCAAUGUAGAUAAAAAACACCUGGAUGCACUAUUGAUUGCACCUACCUCCACUCCCCGCACGGGCCACUUUGCCGUCCCGCUCUUCCCUUUUGCGCCCUCACGCCAUGACAUCUCUGCUCUCACCUUCGCCUGCCAUUGCCUGUCCACCAACUUCCCUCCCCCAUCGCCAGCCCGGCAUUCUCUUGCGCGUGUGAUCCACGACACCGCAACCGCCCUCCGCUGUUCAGCUAUGGCUUCCGCCAUCAGCGCCGUUCGCUUGCCCGUCUCUCAUCCCAAUGCCCUGUUCACCAGCCGCCAGGCCCGCCUGAGCACCCUUCUCGUCUACCUCUUCCACUCCUGUAUCCCCGCCGUGAAGGCCUUCCCGCUGGUCAAGCGCACCGUCAAUGCCUUGGAGGAAGAUCUGCCAAAGUCACCCCAGGAUGCUUCGCUAUGGAUUUACCUCAGCGUCGCCAUGAUUCUCGUCUUGGCCGGAGGCGUGUUUGCGGGUUUGACAAUCGCGUUGAUGGGCCAAGACGAAAUCUAUCUCCAAGUAAUUGCCUCCUCCGGUGAAGGUUCCGAGCGAAAGAACGCCAAACGCGUCCUCCGGCUCUUGAAGAAGGGCAAACAUUGGGUUCUUGUCACACUGCUCUUGAGCAACGUCAUCACGAACGAGACAUUGCCCAUCGUUCUCGAUAGGUCACUUGGCGGUGGUUGGCCUGCUGUGCUGAGUUCCACAAUCCUCAUUGUCAUCUUUGGCGAAGUUGUUCCCCAGUCGAUAUGCGUUCGUUACGGCCUGCCUAUCGGUGCGUGGAUGUCACCCGUCGUUCUCGGCCUGAUGUACAUCAUGGCUCCGGUGGCUUGGCCAACCGCAAAGCUGCUGGACUAUCUUCUUGGUGAAGAUCACGGGACCACCUACAAGAAAGCCGGUCUGAAGACGCUUGUAACCCUGCACCAGACUAUGGGCCAUAAUCCCAACGAACGUUUGAACGAAGACGAGGUCACAAUCAUAUCUGCCGUGCUGGACCUCAAGGCCAAGCCCGUGGGCAACAUCAUGACACCCAUGGACGAUGUUUUCACCAUGUCGUCCGACACCGUUCUGGACGAGAAGAUGAUGGAGGUGAUCCUCUCAGCUGGCUAUUCGCGUAUCCCUAUUCAUACCCCUGACAACGAGGAUAACUUUGUCGGUAUGCUUUUGGUGAAGAUGCUCAUCACUUACGACCCCGAAGAUGCUCUGCGCGUCAGCGACUUCGCCUUGGCUACUCUCCCCGAAACCCGCCCAGAGACUAGCUGUCUGGACAUCAUCAACUUCUUCCAGGAAGGCAAAUCUCACAUGGUUCUCGUGUCCGACUUUCCUGGUGACCCUCACGGUGCCGUGGGUGUUGUCACUCUCGAAGAUGUCAUCGAAGAACUCAUUGGAGAAGAAAUCAUUGACGAAUCUGACGUUUUUGUCGACGUUCACAAAGCUAUCCGCCGUUUGCACCCAGCCCCACGCACCCGCGUUCCCAAGGGCGAGAUCGUUGCUGAUCCUAAUACGCGAAAACAAUCAACAAACGCUGUGGACGAUGAAACGGAAGGCGAGCAGCCCGGCGCGAAUGGCCUGAGAAAGCUUUCCCUCCAAGAACCCCAGACACAACCGAAACCCACCGCCUUCCACAUGCGACGCAGCCACAGUGGCGGCAAUGGCCAUCCUCAGGAACGGAGCAAGGUCAUGCUUCGAAGUGAUGACCCGGAUAUCAAACAACAUCUGAAGCAUUUGGGGCCCUCAAAUGUUGCUACUAGGCCCAAGAGCACGCGUAUCCCUACUGUCAAGAUCAAGCCCGGAAUUCCUAACACAAUCCCCGAAAACAAGCAGCCUCAACCUUCCGGUAGUACUUUGGCCACUCCUUCUCUGGCCCCCCAGGGAGGUGUUGGUGAAGGCCUUCUCGAAUCGGCAGGACGCGAAGCUAGUGAUGGUGUACACAGUGUAGCUGUGGGAUACGGUACCAUGGCAUCCGAUCGUCGGUUGUCAUGGAGGUCCAACAGUUCCAAGCCGAAGUUCGCAGAAGAAGAUGCACCCAGGUCACCAAAAUCCCCCGUCGCGGAUGAAAACACCAAAAUCGUCAUCGACAACCGCAAUGAGGACGAUCAGCCCAAGGAGAACGCUGAAGACUCUGGAAAACCCAUGCAACGAUCUAAAUCGGCCAGUACCAUUGCGUCUUUGCCUUCUAUUCACUCACGCUCUGACUCACCGCCGCGGAGACGACACACCGCACGCAGCGGUAGCAUCUCUGAGAAUGUGGUAGACGUCAACGGGGUUAGGAAGAUUGUGCUUGAGACGACAAGUUCAAGUGAUUCUGAAAGCAAAACCUUGUCUGCGAAUACUGACGGUGCUCAAGAUCGGUUAGCGAGCUCGGGAACGGAUGGCACGGAGGCACAUCCCAACACCGAAACCGGCGCGCAGGCGAGCAGCAAGAAGAAGCGUAAGAAGCGGAACAAGAAGAAGAAGGGCAGCAACGCUGGCACCAGCAGUGAGUCGCAGCCGCUGCUAGGCGGUGAGUAGAACAUGAAGACGUUGAAUCCUUGAUUGAUCUUGGGUCUUUUCUCCAGGUGAUAGCACGGCUGCUCUGUCCAUCGCCGCACCGCGUGUCGCAACUAUAUUCGGAUGGUUUCGCGGAGGUUCAUAGUUUUGGACUUUCAAGACAAAGCGUCAAGUGGUGGAUUUUCAUUGUACCAUAGAAAGCAUCAUCGGGUGUGAGUUGGUGGGCUGGUAUACGAUAUUAUUUAUCGGCAUACAGACACUAAUCUGCGUCGGCGUGUGGAAAAAGAGGGCGAAGUGUGUACGAAUUAUUUUUCUUCGUUUCCGUAUUUCCUUGGUCUUUCCCCUUUUUUCUUCAAUCUCUUUUUCCUUGUAUCUAUGAAUGGGACAGCAUGGCAGUAGUAGUAGUAGUUUCUAAAAGCAUCAUCAUCGCCAUCCCGACCAAAUGGAUCGGUUCUUUUCCCGGCAUCUGAAAAUUUGUUGUCCUUGGUCGUCGUCGCCCCUGAUAACUGAUAAUGUUUUGACAUUACGUUUCCUGCGGUUGAUUAGCAAGCGCAGCAGUAUGCCUACGAGGGUCGGAGGGACAGUCGAAGUAAUGUCUGCUCCUUCCCUUCCUCCCAUUUUGAUGGUUUUGUUGGAAGUUGGGGGAAUGUGAAUUGCUAAUUAAUAAACUCUACUUUGCCAAAUUACUUCUCUUUGAAUGGCUUCCUUCAGUUAGUUGUUCUGUGUAGGAGCAAGGUUUUUCCAUGUCAUUUUUGCUUCUUGGUAAAUGUUAGAGGGAAAUUUGUCUUUUUGGCUGUUGUGAACUACCAUGUAUAUCAGUGUCAAGAACAAGGUAAUCUGCGUGUACAUACUCGCUCCCUCUCUGAUGUUUUCUUAUCUUGUCACUUUGGACUGUGUGUAUGGGCAUAUGUGAGGGAAACGUACGUUUUCGUCAUUGCUUACAAGCAAAACCGAAAUUUGAUGUCCUGCAGCUACCAAUGUAUGGAUAGUGCGUGGGUCUUUUAUCAUAACCUCUCG